AUGUACCAUCCUGCACGUGCUGGCCUUCUUGCCCGGGAGCUGCACAAUCUGAACGUGCAUGUGGCCGCCAUCCAGGAAGUUCGAUGGCCCGGUCAUGGAGAGCGAGAAUUCACGGCGGUGGACCCCAUCGCCAACACCUCUUUCAAGUACCACAUCUACUACAGUGGCGGCGAAAAGGCGAUGCACGGAGUCGGUUUCGUAGUGAUUGGGGAUCAGAAGAACCGAGUCAUCAAGUGGAAGGUGGUGAAUGACCGGAUCUGCGUGUUGAGAAUAAAGGGCAAAUUCUUCAACUACAGCCUGAUCAACAUCUACGCUCCGACGAACGACAAGCCCGAUGACGAGAAAGACGCUUUCUACGAGCGUCUGGACAAGACCUAUGGAGAGUGCCCAAGACACGACGUGAAGAUAGUCAUCGGAGACGCAAACGCGCAGGUCGGAAGGGAAGUGAGUUGCGAAGAGCAGAGAAACGAAUCCUCCGCCGAAAAGAACGGGAGUACGACGAAACGGUACUUGCCGAAGCGGAAGCACAGUACAACGCGAACGAUAAGCGGAGGUUUUAUGCAACUGUCAACGGUGUAA